AAAAAUCCUUAUUAUAUAUAUUUUGUUUUUAUAAUUAACCAACUUCUCUGUUCCAAACAACCAUCAAAUAAUAACAUUAUAACUCAACACAUCGUCAUAAACCAUACCCACCUCUUUUUCUGUGGCUCCUGAAUGAUUCUUGUGCUGUAAAAAAGAAAGAGUUUGAGGGGGUGUGGAGGCAUAUAUAGAGCUGCAAGCAGAUACUACUGUAACUCUACAAGGGAAUGGCAGAGAGAAGUGGAAGAUAAAAAGGCUUAGGAUUUGAGGAGUGAUAGGCCAAGUCUUGAUGCAUAAACAAGUACAACCUUUUGUUAAUUUGAUGCCAUGGCUUACCCGCAUUACCGAUCACAGUUCGGCGACACAACAUUCACCAAAGUGUUUGUCGGAGGACUCGCUUGGGAGACUCCCACUGAAGAAAUGCGUAAAUAUUUCGAGCAGUUCGGAGACAUUCUCGAGGCUGUUAUAAUCACCGACAAGAAUACAGGAAAAUCUAAAGGCUAUGGAUUCGUAACAUUCCGUGAUCCAGAAUCAGCCAGAAGAGCUUGUGCUGAUCCAAACCCAAUAAUAGAUGGAAGAAGAUCCAACUGUAAUAUUGCUUCUCUGGGACGGCCUCGACCUUCCCCACCCCGAGGUGGUAAUGCAGGGAGGAAUACAUUUCAUGGCGGAAGCACGUCACAGAGUGCAGCAUCAUACGGUGGCGCUCCGGCAGCAGCAGCACCGCCGCCGCCGCCGCCUCCUCCGGCGGCGGGGCCUGGGCUGAUGUACCCGCCAUAUGGUAAAAAUGCAGGCGAUACUGAUGGCUACUACAGAUCAAAUAACGGCUACUCUCCCUACUCUGCUGAUUACGGGUACCACCAAGCGGCAUUGUACAACCCCCAGAUUCAGCAGCCGCAAUACUACCAGCAAAUGUAUGGAGCUUCUUCAUCGGGCGUGAGUUCCCCGUAUUACUAUGGGUAUUCUGUGCAGCCACCCAGGCCCUCUUAUUCUACGCCCCAGCCUCAUCGCCUGACACCUGGACCCCCAUCCUAUCUCUACUACCCUUACCCUUCACCCUCACCCGCACCCCCACCCAUGGAUCUCUCGUUCUCCGCUUAUCGUACCCCUCGACAACCCACACUGUUGAGGCAGCCCUUCCCUUCCUCUACUGAUUCAGAGUCACAGACUCAGCAGCGUACUUCCUCCGAGACCGCAGCUGGAGUAGUUACGGCAGCUUCAUCGGAAAGUCCGAAUAGCCAAGGGAAAAACUAAUAAAUAUAGACACCUGCUGAAAGUUAAGUUUCAACUGUAUAAUCUUCACAGUUUCAUCACACAUUAAUUCUUCGUCAUCUCUUCCCGUAAUAUAUCUUUCUUUUUUUUUGGGGGGUCCAAAGUUGUAGCUUUAGGCAAUAAUGGUUUUCGCAGAUCGCAUGUGCUUCCCACAGCUCUCGCGCUCAACAGAUGGACUAAUCAACAACUCCGUGCAGAGUUCCUAAUUCAUCCCCUUUCCCUUCUUUUCGAAGACCUUAAAAUUAUUCUUACUAAUUAUUCAAUUCCAUUUUUAAGUUCCAUUAUUAUCCCAUUAUAUGAGAGCUAAGUCUUGCAUCAACAUUGUACCAUGAGCAAAUGAAUAAGAAAGGCAUUGUCCUCAACAAGAAGCUUCGAGCCAAUUUAUAUAGCUCU